AUGUGUGUGGUUGACGAUGCAAGUAUGCAAGGGAUGUUUUCGAUCUACCAACAAACACGGGCACAAGUGUCAGUUAUCGAGUUAUAUGUUGAGUUUGAAGAAUUUGUUGAGGUUAAUUUACCCGAACCUAACAUCGACUGGACGGUUUAUAACACUGAAAGUGAAGAGGAAUUCGAGGGCACUUAUCAUAUUGUUGGUCCAGUUGAAGAUGUCGAUGAAGAUGAUGUCAUAGUUGAGCCUGAUGUUGCAGAUGUGACAAAUGCACUAACGAGCCAACAUCUAUCUAGAGAGCCUUCUUUUAUACAUGCUUUGGAUCUAGACGCUAUGAAUGCACCAGAAUUUUUUGAAUUUGUCAAUGCAGACUCUGUUGUUGUUACGGAUGGUGAAUUUGUUAUCGGCAUGGAGUUUAGUUCUAGAGAAACUGUGAUUGCAGCAAUUAAAGAUUAUACUAUUCGUCGGGGUGUGGAUUAUCGAGUGUGUGAAUCUGAGCCAACCACAUUUUAUGCUAAGUGUGUACAAUAUGGAACAAAUUGCGAUUGGCUUAUCAGUGCUAGUCUUAUUAAGAGAAAGUUUUGUUGGGUUAUAAGGCGGUACAAUGGUAGUCACACAUGCUCCAAAACAACAAUCUCUCAAGAUCAUGCCAAGAUAAACUCAGACAUGAUUGCAGAAGUUAUAAAGCCAUUGGUUGAAGUUGAUCCAUUUUUAAAGGUAAAAUCUGUGAUUGCUGAAGUGCAAUCGAAAUUCAAUUAUACGAUAAGUUACCACAAAGCAUGGCUGGCUAAGCAAAAGGUAAUUGCGAAUAUUUUUGGUGGUUGGGAAGCUUCUUAUGAAGCUUUGCCAUCGUGGUUUGAAGCAAUGAUACAAAAAGAUCUAUCAGCUGCAGUUGAGAUUGAAACUGCACCAGCUUACCAAGGGGAUGAAGUGGUCCAGGAUAUUAGGAUACUGACACGGGUGUUUUGGAGCUUUUACCCUUGCAUUAGAGCAUUUAGGAGCUGCAAACCAAUCAUCCAAAUAGAUGGCACACAUUUGUAUGAAAAAUACAAGGGAGCUCUCUUAGUUGCAGUUUCUCAGGAUGGCAAUGGCAAUAUUGUGCCUCUUGCAUUUGUUGUUGUUGAGGGUGAGACUUCUGAUGCAUGGCACUUCUUUCUUACUCAUUUGCGCACAUAUGUGGUGAUGCGGGAUGGUAUUGGGCUUAUCUCUGAUCGACACGACUCUAUUACCUCAGCAAUAGCAUGUAGUAACGGAUCAUGGGAGCCUCCGAGAGCUAUCCGCAUGUUUUGUGUUAGGCACAUAGCAUCCAACUUCUUAAGGAAUUUCAAGGCACCGUAUUUACAGAAGUUAAUUUGGCUCGAUCGGAUCCCACGUCAGCAAUAUGCUUUGGUGUUCGAUAAUGGAUAUCGCUGGGGACAUAUGACCACAAACCUAGUCGAGUGCAUCAAUAGGGUAUUAAAGGGGGCGCAAAAUCUUCCAGUUACAUCACUUGUCAAGGCAACUUUUUACAGGCUAAAUGAGUUGUUAACUAGGAAGAGGGCUGAGGCUGAGGCUCGACUGAAUGCGGGACAUGUAUUCUCUGAAUAUGCAAUCAACAAACUUCAAGUAAAUCAGUAG